ACAUGUCUCAAAAAUAUCUGUUGCGCAGCAGGCUUUUCCGAAGGGUAGUGCGACUUGGCGGGAAUGGUCUUUUUUCGAAAUUUGGCAACACAGGAACGUUUUCCAGGGCCCGAGGUCCCUGGCGUGACUGACCGCGGGUCGUUUCAUCCUGUGUCGAGGACCCUUUUGGAGAACUCAGGGUUUAUGACCUUAUAGUUUCCUGUAACAACAGUGACAUGGCCUUUAACGUGGACACGUCAUUUCUUUUUCGGAAAAACCGAGGGGUCUUUACCUGAAACGGGACACAAAAUUUGUACCUACAAUUCUCAGUUUGGUCAGUCUUUUGACAACCGUUGAGCGAACAGUGCGAAAAGUCAGUGUGAACAGUGAGAUUAGAGUUUCCAUUAAUCAUGGCAGAAAACCAGAAUAAGAAAAGGGUUUUCCUAACUAUUCAAGAAAGAAUGACAAUUGCGGAACAGUUACAGCAGGGAGUGAUCAUUACAUUUUUAACUCGAAAAUACGGAGUUUCGCGAGAUGUAAUAUAUCGCAUUCGUCGCGAGUGCACCCGAUUGUCUACUUUUGGAAACCGAGGAGGCCGUGUUUUGCAGCACAAGAAUCGAAGAGUGUCUUCGAAUGAAAUUCUCGAAAAUCGAUUAUAUGCAUGGUUCUUGGAGCAGCGAACAAUGGGAAAUCCAUUGACGGAUUUAUUAUUGCAAGAGAAGGCAAUCGAACUGUGUAAUGAAUACGGUGCAGUGUCGUUUGCCGGAAGCAGAGGAUGGUUGCGUAAUUUUAAGAAUCGAUAUGGAAUUCGGUUAGUCCGUGCUCACGGAGAAAAGGCAAGCGCAGAUGAUGAAAGUGCAGAAAGGUUUGUAAAUGAUUUUACAAAAUGAAUUGAAGAAGAGGGGAUUAAUUUGUCUCAUAUAUAUAAUAUGGACGAAACGGCACUGCUUUGGAAGGCUGUUCCAUCAAAGAGCUUGAUAAGCAGGGAGGAAGGACAAUUGGCAGGAAAAAAAUUUAAAAAAGAUAGAGUGUCUAUUGGACUAUGUUCCAAUGCAGAUGGGACCCAUAAACUUCAGCCAAUUUUUAUUCACAAAUUCAGAAAUCCACGAGCACUGAAGAAUUGCACACAAUUACCUGUGUUUUAUAAAUCUCAACGGCAAGCGUGGAUGAAUGGAGAUAUUUUUAAAGAAUGGUAUGAACAUCAUUUUAAACCUAGUGUUCAGCAAUACCAGUUACAAAGUGGGACAGUUGGGAAAACAAUAUUAGUUUUGGAUAAUUGUUCAAGCCACAAAGUAACUGAAAUCGAUCCAAAUUUCGAACUGGUAUAUUUACCACCAAAUACCACGUCCCUCAUCCAACCAAUGGAUCAGGGAGUAAUUGCAAAAUUAAAAACUGUAUAUCGGCAUAAAAUACUACGUCGUAUUUUGCAAUACGAACAUGGUAUACAGGAGUUUCAUACAAAACAUAAUAUUAAAGAGUGCAUUUAUAUUCUCUCCGAAUCAUGGCUGGACAUUACAUCUGUAAAUAUAAAAAAUAGUUGGAAUAAAAUUCUAGCAAGGGAUCCCAACGAAAAAGAAGAUGAUGCAGCAAAUGUGGUAAAUACUUCUAUACAUUCAGAAAUAAGUGAUAUGAUACAGGCCAUAACUGGCGAAGAGAAUAAUCGCGAAGAGUGUAUAGCAAUAUUGAGACACUUAGAUGAAGAAGAAAUAAUUGACGAAAACGAUGGAGAAGAAAAUAGAGUAGAAGAAGAAGACGAAGAAAAUCAAGAAGAGCCAGACCAGCGUUACACACAAGUAGUAGAAAGAAACGAAAAAGAAGGAGAAGAAGACGCGACAGAAGUAGAAACAUCAGAUAAUUCCGAAUUGAAUUUAAUAGAAAAAAAGAAGAAGGAUCUGAAUUUGCUUGAAGAAAUUAUAAACAGAUAUGCUAAUGAUAAUGAAGGAAUAUUAUUAAUGGGAGAAGCAAUGAGAAAGUUCUUAGAAAAUGAAACGCCACAGAUAAAGAAAAAUCAUCCUUGACAACUGUAAUAUAGGUAAGUUCAUUUAACUGAUCUCAACAUGA